AUGGUGGACUCAGAAGAAGAACUUACUCUUUCUGCCCAUGCUUUGGCAGCAUUAGCGGAAUUUGAAAGCGAAGAAACUGAGCGUCUAGAACGCUUCAAAGCUCUUAGUGAAGAAGCAGACGCAGAUUUCACCAAAAGAUCACAUUUGUCGAUUGAUGAUUUCAAGGAAGACUGGCAGCUAUCACAAUUUUGGUACAGCGAUGCCACAGCUAAUACGCUUGCUGACGAGCUGCUUGAUGGAGCUGACAACGAAACGAUAAUAUGCAUUGCUAGCGCUCCUUCUGUAUAUGCAGCUAUCAGGGCUCGCGAACCCAGUGAGCUCCCAACAAAAAACAUCUAUUUGCUGGAGUUUGAUCGACGUUUCGAAAUCCUUUCAGGAUCUAAAUACUUCGGAUUCUUUGAUUACAAUCAACCUCUGAAUGUUCCUGAACACCUAAAAGGUAGAUGUCACCGUCUUUUAAUUGAUCCACCAUUCUUAGAAAUUGACUGUCAAAGGAAAUCUGCACUUGCAGCGAAAACAUUAUUACACCCGGACAAAGACCAAAAAUCGAAGGAGAAUGAACCGAGAUAUAAACUUAUCACUUGUACAGGUGAACGAAUGGCUGAUGUGGUUACGUCCUACUACCCAGAUGUACACGUGACCACUUUCUACCCAGAACACAAAAACGGAUUGAGUAAUGAGUUCAGAUGUUAUGCUUCAUUUGAGGGUAAAUCAUGGAAAUUCGCAUAG